AUGAAAUUUAAUUAUAAAAUAUUUUCGUUCAUACUACUAACUUUAGUCAUAGAAAUAGCUUGCCAUAACAAAUACACCAAAGAAGCCAAUCAAGAAGCCAAAAAGCAAAAGAAAAACAAAGCGAAAGAUGAUAUCGAGCCGAUUGAUAUGCGCCCAAUUUCACUCAAACAUUUAGAUAGACCCUUUCGCAUGGCCAAAUUAAAUUUAUUAUGGUCAAAAGCUGUGCUGAGAUUAUCCGAAUCCAAACUAAAAUCCAUAUUCAGCGAUCUGAAAUUACACGAUAAAGAGGAAAUAACUUGGAAACACCUUCGAGCAGAAGGCAAAGACAAAGAUGGCACAAUGGAAGCGAAACUGAGAAAGAAACUGUUAAUUAUAAUGGAAAAUUACGACCUGCUAGACCAAGCGGAGGAUCUAUCCGACUCCGAUAAAGUGAAAAGAUGGAAGCCUCUAAACGAAGCGAACGACAAACACAUCAACAAAAGCUUGUUCAAAGAUAAGAAAUUGAACAAGCUGUGGGAGAAGGCCGAAAGGGCCGGUUUUACGCAAGAGGAACUGCUCGCGCUCAAAGAGGAAUUCGGACACCAUCAAGAUAAAAUCGAUCAAUACUACUCUCUAUUACACAACGUCAAAGGAAACCCCGAAGACUACGAAAACAAUGCCGUGGAAGAUUCCCUGGACAAGUUCAACAAGAUCGAAGUGCAAGAAGAAAGCGAAAAGGAGCCCAACAAAGACUACAUCGAUAAGGUCAAUCUUCUAAGGGAAAGGCACAAGGAAAUCAAGGAUGGCUUCGAUCACCUGCACCUGCUCUCGGCCAAAGGGCCGGCCAGCAAGGAAUUCGUCGAGCCCAAAGUGCAGGGCUUGUGGAAGAUAGCCAUCGAGAGCAACUUCACGCCGAGCGAGUUGCAUUCGUUGAAGACCGAGCUGCUCCACUACGAGAACAGGCUGUUGAAAUUGAGGCACAUCCAAGUGGAGCACGCGCUGCACGAGGAAAAGUACAAGGAGAAGGAGAAAAUGGGCAUAGCCGGCGGUAAAACCGACAAAGCCUCGCUCAUGGCGGAGAAUAUCAAAAAGCACGCUAGAAAAGUCGAAAAGAUUCACUUGGAUUUGGAAUCUAGGAUCUUGAAUCGACACGUGGAAUUGUAA